AUGUGCUUUUCUGAGAGCACUGAUGCUGAAGAGACGCUUGUCAACACCAAAAGCAUUGAGCGUACCGCCAAUAAUUCACAUGGUGGAAGCAACUCACUGCAACCCAUAUCAGUCCCAAUGGAUCAUGGAUUCUAUUUGAAAAAGACGCCAUCAAUCUCUAACAGCGAGAGAAGCAACGAGAGAUUUCUUGAUGAUAGGACGGAGGACCGAAAGUGUCGGAAGAAGACUCCGAGUUACUCAAACUUGACCGUUGACACCGGCGGCCUAGACGGCAAAGACCCCCUCGGGGCUCAAGAUCCGAUCGAGCCCCCUCAAAUGGGACUUCGAGGUCGUGGUGCCUCCAAUCCGGCGGCUAGUCAUCACAACCACGUUGAUAUGGAGUGGGCAGAAGCAUGGGAACACCAUCAUAAGACUGUUGUUCUCAGUUUCUGA